CAUGCAGGCCUGUUAAUGUCUUUCGUUCUCGUCUUACAAUCAGCUGGACGGUCAUGGAACGUGCUCAAAUACUGCGACCAUCUGCACGGCAAGUGGUACUUUUCCGAGGUGCGCGCCAUCUUCUCACGCCGAUAUCUGCUGCAGAAUGUUGCCAUCGAGAUCUUCCUCGCCAGUCGCACGUCCAUCAUGUUCGCGUUCGCUGAUCAGGCCACCGUGAAGAAAGUGAUCAAGGCGCUGCCCCGGGUCGGCGUCGGCAUCAAGUACGGAAUCCCACAAACAAGGCGCGCCUCUAUGAUGUCUCCCCGUCAGCUGAUGAGGAACUCGAACAUGACUCAGAAGUGGCAGCGUCGCGAGAUCUCGAACUUCGAGUACCUCAUGUUCCUCAACACAAUCGCAGGCCGGACGUACAAUGACUUGAACCAGUAUCCAGUAUUUCCAUGGGUUCUUACAAAUUAUGAGACCAGAGAGCUGGAUCUCAGUCUGCCCAGCAACUAUCGUGACCUCUCUAAGCCAAUCGGUGCGCUGAACCCGAGUCGGCGAGCUUACUUUGAAGAACGCUACAACACCUGGGAACACGAUAGCAUAUCGCCCUUCCAUUACGGCACACAUUAUUCCACAGCAGCUUUUGUUCUCAACUGGCUCAUACGUGUGGAACCAAUGACAACUAUGUUCCUAGCUCUUCAAGGAGGGAAGUUUGAUCAUCCGAAUCGACUUUUCUCCUCAAUCGCGCUGUCAUGGAAGAACUGCCAGCGAGAUACCUCUGACGUAAAGGAGCUGAUUCCUGAAUUCUUCUUCCUGCCAGAGAUGUUGGUGAAUGCAAACCGCUACCGCCUAGGCCAACAGGAAGAUGGAUCCGCAAUUAGCGAUGUUGAGCUUCCACCUUGGGCCUCGUCACCAGAGGAGUUUGUCCGGAUUAAUCGCAUGGCUUUGGAGUCUGAGUUCGUUUCCUGUCAGCUGCACCAGUGGAUUGAUCUAAUCUUUGGCUACAAGCAGAGAGGUCCUGAGGCUGUUCGAGCAACCAACGUGUUCUACUAUCUCACAUAUGAGGGCUGUGUCGACAUGGACAACAUUUCUGAUCCGGUCAUGAAAGAGGCCAUUGAAAAUCAGAUUCGUAACUUUGGUCAGACGCCGUCACAGUUGCUAAUGGAGCCGCAUCCUCCCAGAAGUUCAGCAAUGCACUUGUCUCCGAUGAUGUUCUCUAGUGUGCCAGAAGAUGUAUGUAUGACUAUGAAGUUCCUGUCUAACUCUCCAGUGUGCCACAUCUCGGCCAACACCUACCCUCAGUUACCACUCCCGUCUGUUGUCACGGUUACCACCAGUCAGCAGUUUGCUGUUAAUCGCUGGAAUUCAAGCUAUGCAGCUUCUGUACAGUCUCCAAGUUAUGCUGAUACACCACAAACACCAACAGCCAAUUUGCCACUGUCAAUGGACCCUGUUCUUUCUCAAACAGGAAACAGUUCAAAUCCUAUGCAGCGGCGCCAUCUGGGCGAUAAUUUCAGCCAAAAGAUACGCAUCAGGUCAAAUUGUUUUGUUACAACAGUGGAUAGCCGUUUCCUCGUCGCGUGUGGCUUUUGGGACAACAGCUUCCGAGUGUUCUCCACCGAGACAGCUAAAAUUGUGCAAAUAGUUUUUGGUCACUAUGGUGUGGUGACUUGCCUCUCCCGCUCCGAGUGCAACAUAACGUCUGACUGUUACAUCGCGUCUGGUUCUGCUGACUGCACCGUUUUGCUAUGGCACUGGAAUGCUCGUACCCAGACCAUUGUCGGCGAAGGAGAAGUGCCUACGCCUCGAGCCACCUUGACAGGUCACGAGCAACCAGUGUCCAGUGUGGUGAUCUCAGCUGAGCUGGGUCUCGUAGUGUCAGGAUCUUACAAUGGACCAGUAUUGGUACAUACAACAUUUGGCGAUCUGCUGCGAUCUUUGGAACCUCCGUCUGGUUUUCUGUCACCAGAGAAUAUUGCCAUGUCUCGUGAAGGUAUUGUUGUCGUGAACUAUGAACGCGGUCAUGUGGCAGCAUUCACGAUCAAUGGCAAGCGACUAAGACACGAGUCCCAUAACGAUAAUCUCCAGUGUUUGCUGCUGAGUCGAGAUGGAGAAUACCUGAUGACCGGUGGUGACAAGGGCAUUGUGGAAGUGUGGCGCACCUUCAACCUGGCUCUGUUGUAUGCUUUCCCUGCAUGUGACAGCAGCGUGCGGUCCUUGGCACUUUCACAUGAUCAAAAGUUCCUACUGGCUGGACUUGCCACUGGAUCUUUGGUUGUAUUUCACAUUGACUUCAAUAGAUGGCAUCAUGAGUUCCAACAGAGGUACUGAAGCAUCGACGUCUUGUCCGGGCUGUAUUUCAGGAUGAACAGUUGCCAUGACAUGUAGCUUGUUUAUCAUUGGCCAGACAGAAUUUACUUGGAUGGUGCUCAUUUUCAGAUACUUGAGCUGUCUUUAAUUUUCUUAAGUAGAACCAACUGACGCUGUACUUAAUUUGAGUUUAUGUAUUUUUAUCACUAGUCAAUAAUAAUUUCUUAGCCAAAAGUCUUUAUUUUCUCACCCCAUAUUACAGAAUUGGAGGUGUUUGAUAUCUUAGCAGUGUGGUUAAGGUGCAUAUGUUAACAGUUCUGCUAAACACUCUUGUAGAAAAUUGAAACAAGGAAGUAUUUUUCAGUGACCAUGCUUAACAUGCCUUUCUCUUUGCUCACUGAUUUGACUAAUCGUUGCCUCUCAAAUAAAGUGCACCUGCCUUCCAGGACUGUUUUUAUGUAUUCUCUGCAGAAUUGUGUGUAACAUCUCUUUAAUAUUAAUUGAAGGCAGCCUGUUGUGUGAUGAUUCAAUUAAUGACAAAGGAUCCAUCAACACUACUGGGGACAGAUUUUUGUCAUUCAUCGUAGCCUCGGCCUGUUUUCAGUUAUUGUCGAACAGGACACGAAGUAGUACCAGUACGUAAUCGUCUGUAGUCGGCACACUGCGUCUUACUUCUGGAUACAAUAAUAUAAAAAUAAAAUCAUUAUCAUCAUUGUGACACAAGGGCUUAAAAAUAUAUGUAAUGUGAGGGCUGCUGCACCAUUCAAGUGAUAUAUGUUAAUUCUGUGAAAAAGCAUAAAGAUUAGAUACCUUAAAAUAUAUCUGAAAGGGGUUUCAGUAAUGAUUUGUUAAUGCUGGUAGUGGAUUUUCUUUAUACAAACAAUAAAACGUGAAAUUGUGGUUUGUCAGCUGUUGAAUAUAUUUUGAAGGUCAGUUCUUUUCUGAAUUAAUUAUAUUAUUACUAGAUAACUGCAGUUAAUAUAAGAACAGAUUAUACUCUGGACCGUCUAAUCGUGAAUUUAAGACGGUUAUGUUUUGCCAUUUCGUGUUACAGUGUCGUUACUCGCAUUAUAAGCUUAGAGGCAUUGUCGGCAUGGUCAGUGGAAUAUACUUAAACAGUCUUUGUAUUUAGUGUACAGUAAUACUUAACUAAUAUUAGAAGAUAUUUUUAUUGGACAGCCUUCUUUGCCUCACAAAUAUUUUUUCUUAGUACUUUGUUAUAAUUAUUUAAUUGUUAUUGUAAGUGCAUUGAAUAUAUUAAUGCAUCAGUUAUAAUUAGAUAAGUUAUGUUUACUUAAGGAGAGUGAGAUAAGUAAUGGCAGUGACAUUAACUUACAUCAUCACUAUUUGUGUGUUGUGUGGGGCUGAAAUCAUUAAUUUUCUUCAUUAAAUUUCAACCAGAUGACUUUUAUGUUGUGAGAAUGUAAAGUAUAACUGGUUCAUUCAGUAAUAUUUUACAUGUAAUAAAAUACAAGUUUAAUGUGAUCUAUGAAGUAGGGCAUUUUAUAUGCUUGUUAGCAUAAGUGAAUUUUAUGAGUCAAAGAAAUGAGGUGAUGAUGAUGACUAUUAUUAUUUAACCAUUAUGGCAUAUGGCCCAGAUGAUUGUUUGCCCAUAUUUUCCUAACAGAUUUUUUAAUUAUGUGUUGGUUUAUUUUUUACUAAUGCCUGUUCACAUGGCUGCUGCAUUUCUUGUCCAAAGUAAUGUGUCACCUUAAUUUGGGCAUAAAUAACUAAAUAUUAUUUUAACCUUUUCCUAAUAUGUACUGGAUGGUUUUUAGACAGGUAUUUGAUUCAUAUUACUGUUAAUAAGUCAGUAGUUUUAUAAUCAAUCCCUCCUAUUUUGCAGCAUGUUAAUUGAUACUGUUUUCGUUGUGGUGUAAAAAUUGUUGAUUGCAGCGAGACAUGAUAUAAUGACUUUAGGGUAUGGGCACAUAGAAGUGACUAGCUGAUAGAAUUUGUAGUACAUCAAUAUUUUUUUUAAGUUAUGCCAAUUUAGAAACCAUUCUUGCAGGUUUGUUAUGGAACUGCGGUAACGAAAGUAACGUACCAAGUGACGUUUAUACAUUCCAGAUGCUGUGAUUUCUUUAUCAAGUCUGACUGAAAUUUCUUGUUGUAAUGGUGGCAAGUCUUGUUAACCGUAAUCGUGAUUGAACAUGUAAUACUCGACAACACGCAUCGUUUUAAAUGUAUAUUAUCAAAUGUAAAAGAAAUCUUAAUCAUACUUAUAAUUUUGAAACUUCCAUUAAGGAUUUCACUGUAUGUAUCUGUGAUUAGAUAUUGGCCAUCCUGAUGCUUUUUAUACAACAGCACUAUUUAAUUCUUAUAAUCACCAUAUUAUUUAGUUCUGGGGCAAACUGCUGCCUUGAAUCAAUAUUAAACACAUAUGUCAGGGUUUUCAUGUUCAGUCCUGAAUUCUGGUUUGCUCUGGCUUCGUCCUCAUAAGAAAGGAUGUUGAGAUCAAAAUUAAAAAGUAUUACAAUCUGUACUUAAAAAUAUCUGCCAAUGUACAUAAUUACUAUUGCUUAAUUUUCAGAACAUGAAAUGAAUUUUAUAUAGAGACUAUAUUUAUCCACAAUUUUUAUGUUCUCCCAUGAAAUAAUUCAGCUAGAGUAGGAGGCAGGAAACGUGUGAUUGAAUAGUACUGUUUCAUAGCGGCACCAUAAUACUAAUUCAUUGUUGAUAUAUUGGCACAUAAAAGUUGCAGUUUGUAGGCAGUGUCCUAGCACAUGGGUUCACCAGUUUGUUAUAAUAGAUUUCAUAGCACAUUAUGUGGGUAUGGAAAAGUACUUACAACUAUUUUGUGAUUUUUAGAGGUUGGCUUUUAAUUAAUCAACCAAAUUGUUUGCUCAGAAAAGUUGCAAAUGAAGCACUGUGUCGCAUGAUGCUGCCACACUUAAUCGUAGAUCUGUCGCCGCAGCGUCCGACACAAUACGAGACUCGACUCCCACGCACCUUCCUCCGACUGUGCACGAACAGUGUGACUUUUCCAUCUGCCAGGAUUCAUAAUUGCAGUGACAGUGUGUUGCCAAUGAGAAAUGGAGUGUGUGGAAGUAUGUGGAAAAAGAAGUUUAUUUGACGGGCAGCAGGUAACGAGCAUAAUAAGCACCUGGAUGAGGCGUGGCUACCAGUGACUAUUUAUGUUUCCUGCCAGAAGAUUGUGGACUGCUGCUUUCCUCCUGUCAGAUAUAGCAGUAAAAUCUUGCAUUCGAUGCAUGACGCAUCAACCAUCUAGUCACUCUAAUGUGCGCACUUGCUCGGCUUCAUUUUUGAGUAAUUCCCUCCAGACUGAUGAAGAAUUUAUGUAAAUUAUGUAUUGUCCAUUUUACAUUGCAAAAAGAGAACUUCUCAUUGUAAAUAAGAGAAUGAAAGUGUCUAUCGUAGAGCGCAGCACAGAAUUUCUUUUCGACUUUAUUUUUUGAAUUAUAAUUUUGUAUACGUGAGUUUGAUGUCGGCAAUAACAAUCGAAACAAAAAAGUAAUCCGGUCCAUAUUUUGUCAGCCAAGUAAUGAAGAUGUACGUUUUGUAGUACUUUGAUGUGCAUGUUGUAAUCUGCAGACGUGACUACCUGUGUUUAGUGUUUAAGGAAUGCUUUUGUUAACCAAGAUAGCGCCACUACCUGGAAAAAUUAUUAACCGAUUUCUUCCGGAGACUGAAACAUUAAAUCUAGAAACAUAAUAUUCUUUGUAGUUUCAGAGAGAUUAGGUGGAAUGGUACCCAUAGUGAUGUAUUAUGCAGAAUAGUUUCCAGUACUUGCCUUAGAGCAAGUAGAAGAUUUGGUUGCAGGUGAUGUAGUCAGGAAUCUGUCUGUCCAUGUGUCAGAAUUCAGACAACCCCCUGAGAGGGUACACAAACAGAAGAAUAAUACUAAGUACAGAGUAACAAUAAUUUAAGGCUUUUCAUAAAGUGUGUGUGUGUAAUGUUUCCUAGCUCCACAUCAUUGUUGGUUCAAGUCCUGCCUGUACUUAAGUACGUGUAGUUGUAUAAUUUAUGGAAAUUAAGAAAAAAUAUAUAUUGUAUUGGGGACUUGUAAUGCUAUUUAUACUACAUUCACUGUAACUCCGAUUUGAACUUUAUUGCACAUUUUGCUUCUCAGAAUUAAUUUCUCAUUGCCAUUUUUGUACUGUGUUCCUAUACAUGUCUUGGUCUACCAGAUUUCCUAUUUUCACGAGGUUUUCCAACCAAAGUACAUGCACAUUUAUAAAUGUGUUUUGCAUUCUAAAGCAAAUAUUGUGUUCUGGUAAUGAAGGUACCAGUGCAUUUCAGAAUAAUUAAGCUUCUGCAACUCUUGAAAUUGCCAAGAAAUCCUGCUCAUUAUCUCCAGAAAAGUCCCCCGUUCUCUCUUUCUUCCCAAAUUCAACCUGUUUCUUCCCAAGUAACACCAUUUCCAACAAGGAAGACAAUGCUAGAAUUGAAAUAAAUAAAAUAAUAAAAAUACUCGUGUUUCAA